AUGCGCGCCUCCAUCAUCUUGAUGCCAUUGUUGGCUAUUGCGGCCGCUGCCCAGCGAAAGUGUGGUACUACUCAAGUUCCUGGUGCCCUCAAGGAGCAAGCCAGGGCUUUCCAGCGUGCCAAUGCUCGAUCCUCCUUUCCCGCCGCUAUGGCUGCCAACCGAACUCUCACCAUUGAGACUUAUUUCCACGUCAUUGGCUCCGAUGAGACCGAAGAAAAUGGAUGGGUUCCAGACGACAAGCUCCAGAAGCAAUUGGACAAGAUGAACCAGGACUACAAGCAAACCGGUAUCAAGUUCGACCUUAAGGAGACUACUAGAACUGUCAACAAGGAAUGGGCGACUGCCGCUGUUGACGAGAAUGAUACAACUGUUGAAUUGGCUAUGAAGAAGGAACUCCGAAAGGGUGGAUACUCCGCUUUGAACGUUUACUUCCGACCUCUCGGUGACAGUCUUUUGGGAAUCUGCGUUUUCCCAGAAGACGUUGAGGAAGAUAGCGAUGAAUUCUGGCUCGAUGGUUGCCAAGUUCUCCACUCCACUGUUCCUGGCGGCAGCACUGAGAAGUAUGAUCAAGGAGCAACUGCCACUCACGAAAUCGGACACUGGUUGGGUCUUUUCCACACCUUCCAGGACGGCUGCGAUGGUGGUGACCAAGUCGAUGACACUCCAGCCCAGGCUGAUCCCACUCAAGGAUGCCCCAAGGGUAAGGACACCUGCAAGGGAGACAAAUACCCCGGCGAGGACCCAAUUCACAACUUCAUGGACUACUCCUACGAUGCCUGCAUGGACGAGUUCAGCGCCGGCCAGACCACUAGAAUCUUCCAAUUCUGGGACAAGUACCGUGCAAAGCAAGGCGGCUCCCGCCUCCUUUGGGCUUUGUAA